GUUUUUUACUGGUGUGUGUGUGUGUUAUCGUCGUUGUCGGAGAGUGAAUUUUCCCAUUCACACCAAGUCAGUAACGGAGGGAACAUCUCACAGCAGAUCCUCUCGAUCUCGCUCGACUUUUGCUUUAUUUGUCUCUCUCCUGCCUGACUCCUCUUCUCUCAAGGCAAGGCCACUAAAUUUACAAACACAGUUAACUAACUACGAUUACUUACGGCACGAAAAAAUCCAGAGUGAACCCACCAGAGUGACACAAACACGACGAUAUUUUAUUAUUUUUAGUGCAAUCUUUUACUGCCAAAAAAAUACGGGAGGUUGGAAUUUUUCCAUUUUCUUCUUAUUCUCGCAGAAUUGUUGGUUGACUAAUUGGGGGGUGACGACAAUAAUAGGAGGAAUUAAGUACGUACUUACGACGCAGAAUUUGAUUGAUUCUGAAAACUUGGACGCCAUAAAAGUAGUCACAAGACUUCCUCCGAGUUUUACAUAAUGUCUCAGUGUAGUGUUUAAUAAUAAUAAAAAUAGGGUAAUAAUGGUGAUUAGCGUUAUAAGUUGAUAGACAAUGUGAUAUAGUUUGGUGGAAAAGUAGAUAUCUCUGGAUUGGAUUCAGAAUUUCGGGAGUAGUGCAUCAUUAAACUUGUAUGGAUGACUACCCAAAUCCAAUUGAUUGAUCGUGAUUAUUGGUCCCUUAAAUCAGUGCCACGGGUCGACUAGUUGCAAUUUCAUACCAUUCUCAUGAAUCAGCAGUAUUAAACUCACUACCAACAAAAACGAUUCGUCGAGACACUUGUCUAUUAUUAUAAUUCAUCAUCAUUGUAGAGAUCAAGUGAAUUCAUGAGUCACACUGAACUGCUACAUACUUUUCAUUAUUAAUAUCUUCAUUGUUCAGCAAGCCCAGCUCAUCUAUCAGAUCACAUUGACACCAGAAACACUAAAGAGCAAUAACAGUUUCAUUAUUCUUAUUCAAUUAAAACCAAGAGUUAAAGGAAUUUUGUCUGUAUCAACAAUUUAAAAAUCAACAACAAAAUGGAGAAAAAUAGCAAAAUCAUUGCAGAGUUAAUUAAGAAAUCUGGUAAUAGUUUGUGUGCAGAUUGCGGAAGCAAAGAUUUACAGUAUGCGUCUUACAACAUCGGCGUUUUCCUUUGUGCAAGAUGUGCAAAUAUUCAUAAUGACAUGGGUUCUCAUAUUUCAAAAGUAAAACAUCUACAUUUGAACCACUGGGAGGAUAGUCAGAUUGAGAGGUUGAAACAAGUCGGCAAUGUAGAAGCGAUGUACAGAUAUGAACAGAGAGUCCCUCCUGGUUAUCGGAGACCCUUAUCCAAUGGGGCUGACCCACCGAUCCUUGUGGAGCAGUGGAUAUUUGCGAAAUAUCAAAGAAAUGAGUUUGUCGGUGAUAGAUUACAAUCUUAUCUAAGCGGUCAUUUGGAAGGUUAUCUCUUAAAGAAGGGUCGUGAAGAUCCUAAAUUUUAUCCGAGAAGAUGCAUCUUAGAAAAUGGGACGUUCAGGUAUUAUGUAAAAGAAAAGGACCGCAAUCCCAAGGCAGUUAUACCUUUGGACGACUUGUCACUUUCACUGGCUCCUGAAAAGCUUGGGAAUGGACGUUCAAUGCAAAUUAGCUAUUUAAAAGAUGGUUCAACUCGUCAUAUAUACGUUUGUCAUGAAGAUCCCGAGCAACUUAUGCAAUGGUAUCAAGGACUACGAAUAGGCAAACUAUUACGCCUAAAGGUUAUGUAUCCAAAUACUAGGGAGCAUCAGUUGUUGUCGUUUCUACCUCAAGAUGUAAUGAUGGAAGGGUGGUUAUGGAAGGCCGGUCCCAGUCCAUCAUAUACUCACAGAAAAAGAUGGUUCACAUUGGACCACAGAAAACUCAUGUAUCAUCAAGAACAAGUUGAUGCCUAUGCCAAAGGUGAAAUAUUUAUAGGAAGUCGGGAGGAGUCUCCUUUCAAAAGCGAAGAAGAAAUGCAUGCCGCCGCACGUUCUGUCGGAGUUCAUGACAUUAGUCGCCUCUACGCCUUUGGUUCGUAUCGAAUCACUCUGGGCGGGUACGGCAUGGACAAACUUGACCCUCCACGACACAGUUUCUCACUCCACACUCCUUGGAGAACAUUUGUAAUGGCUUCUGAAUCUCUGUCCGAGCGAGAUCGAUGGGUCGAAAAAAUUACGGAAGUUUUAAACAGGGAAUUUACAGCCAGAGAUAUUGCACUCUGUGCCAACUUGGUACGUAAACGAUUGAACGGGUUGAACGCCUUACUGCAAGGAAGAUGAGAUUCGCUGAACGUCCUCCCAAAACUAAAAGCAAAACUUUUUCUCCUCACAAAACGAACCAUGUAAUCUAAAAGACGCAUCUACUACUAUACAUACACACCACAUACAUAUUUAACAUUUAAUUUAGUACCGAUUUCUAUUUAAUGUCUUCGCAAAAUACGUUGUUGAUUUUCGAUUCAGACUUUUUUUUGUAUUAUACGUUUGUUAUAUUUGUUACCUUAUAAUAUUCGUAUUUUUUUUUCAAACGUAUCAGUUACUGCUAUCAAUAUACUCCUUUGUAUUGUAUUAAAUUAGGGGCAUCCACUAAAACAUAAUAUCUAGUGAAUAUAUUUCAGACUUGGUUUAAAUUAUCGUUAGCAUCCUAGAAUUGUGGGAAAAUGGAAGGUAGUUAGUUUGUUAGCAGUAGUAAUAAUAAAAUCUCAGCUUAAUAAUUGUGUUAUAACGGAAUGUACCGUUUAUUGAAACGCAACGGAGAGGUUUACAAUGAGUACAAAUAGUAAAUCGAAAUACACGUAUAAAUAAAGAAACGUUGUUUUUAAAACUAAA